AUCAAGAGGUGGUAGUAUAGCAACACAUUAUUCAGUGACCAGCGACGAAGGCGUAAAUGCAGAUAAAGAGACAGAAGAGCAAAAACAUUAGGGUUCCUGAGGUGGUAGAGAGAUGCCGCUCUUUCGUCAGUCUGAGGCAAGGGGAGAGAAAGAGGGUGAAAAACAAGUGGUGAAGAAGAGAAAAUGUAAGAUUAAAGGUAAAGAACAUGAUGCCACACUGACCAGGCUGUGCCUCCUGAGCAUUGCAGAAAAUAUGAAUGAUGUGUGGGUCUGCGACUAUGCCCAAAACUACAUGGAUCAGUAUUUCUUCAGAUACAUCAUGGGACCUUUCAGCCAGCUACCCUCACACCUGCUAGAGGAGCUCUUGUCUCUGUUGGCCUCACGGCAGCUAAUGACUCGGGCCGCCCUGCACCUCAUGUUGGUUCCCCAGCUACGUAACCUCUCUCUGGGGCGCUGCUCUGGUCUGGUCACGGCCAACCUGUGUGCCAUCAUUAGAGCACGCUGCCAGGGCCUACUGUCUCUGGACCUCAGUGGCGCCGUGAGCAUCUCCGCCCCAGUCUUGCGCGAGCUCCUGGGAUCUCUGGCCAGCUUGCGCUCCUUGUGUCUGGCCGGGAGCUUGUGUGACGGCAGGGUUCUGGAAGCAUUGCCAGUCCAGUGCCCCUUGCUGCGCCACCUGGAUGUUACCCGCUGCCUCCACCUGAGCCCAGUCUGCCUGCUGUCCCUAACCCCCAGCCACCCCCACAGCCCUGGCUUGCCACUCCUCCGCAGCCUGCUCGCCGUGGAUAUAGGCUUCGGAGAGUGCGAUGAGGACAGACGAGCCACUGCAGCCUUCCUCCUCCUCAGCCUGCCUUGGCUGGAGAGAGUGGCCCUGGAGGCCCUGGGAGAGGCCUUUGCACUCCUCCUGGAUGGGGCUUUUCAUGAGGUGGAGGAUUUCAUCAGGCGCACAGGGAUGCCUGACUUUAGGGACCUGUGGGCAGAGAGAGCAAAUGGUUGUAGUGGAAACACUGUCCCAGGCAUGGAAAAAGUUGAAGAGGAGAGUUUUUCCUUGUCUGAGGUAACAGACAGUUGCUUAUGGACCCAGGACAGUGAAGAUGAGGAUGAGGGAGAAUCUAAUGGCACAGACGGAGUUUGCCAUGACUUGACAGGUGAGAUGACGCUGGAAAACACAAGGGACAAUGAGACACUGAAAGCGCAACAAGGAGGCAGUUUUAAGGAUGUCCGUCUGCGUCUUAGGCAAGUCCAAGGAGUGUCAUUUGGAACUCUGGGGGCUCUGGGGCAGCUGUGCCCUGACCUGGCUGCUCUGACGCUGGACUACCGUGAGGAAGAGGAAACGGUAUCUGGUGCCCAUAUGGCCAGAGAGCUGGCUAGAUGGUCUGCCAGUCUGCGGAGCCUCACCCUGAGAUUCUCGGGGCCCUUGUCUGAGAUGGCACAUGGUGUGGGGUCUGUCGGAGCCAACCUUACAUCACUCACUUUAGAGGGGGUGCGGGCAGAUGGGCUUGAUCCUUUCCUGCGCCUUCUCCACUCCUGUCCCAAACUGACAACACUAACCAUUCACAUGGAACCUCCCAGAAUGCACCAGGCACAGGAAGAGGAAGAGGAGGACGAAGAGGAGGAGAGGGAAGAAGACCUUGAGGCUCUCCCCUGCCUUCCUCGUCUCUCUUGUCUGGCACUGAACUUCCUUUUCGAUGAGCGGCAGAAAAGGACACCCAUGUCCUGGAGAUCUCUGAAGGGAGGCCUGUGGGCCUUGCUAAGGGGUGCACCCCUCCUGGAGAGGGUCUCUCUUGUGGCCAUCCCUUGCCCCCUGGACCCUGUGUUUUGUCUGUUGCUGGAUCAUCCUGCCGUCCCCAUGAAGGCUGCACAGAGCCCUGCCCUCCAGCACUUGCAGGACUUGAAUCUGGCGCAUUCUGAUGUGUCCAUGGCAACUCUGUCACGAUUAGUUGUCAUGGACAGUGGUCUGUUCACACUGGACCUCAGUGGUUGCUGGGCUGUGACUCUCCAUGAUGUCCACUGUCUGCAGAGUGUGGCCAGAAAAAGACACCAGAAGUUACACAUUAUAUGGACGUGAAGUACUUAUAAGAAUGAAAUACCUUGAGCAGUGCCUUUUUAUAUGGAAAAUCAUGCACUUUAAUAUGACUUUUUGAAGCUUUAAAUGAUCCUAUUCUACAUUGUGUAUUAUGAUAUUUUAUAUUCAUCCACAGAACUUGGAUUAUAUUAUUUAAUUCUUAUAUUUGAGAUUUGAUUACUGUAGUACUUGAAGCAACAAGUUCACUUAUGUCAGCACUUUGGGCAACGUAAGUUGUUUUUAAAUGUGCUUUGACUUGACUUAUGUUUAUAUCCCUAUUAUUGUGUCUGGUCUAUAUCAUAUCAUCUCCGGUGAACUGAGCUCUUUAAUCAGAAAGUACAUAUUUAAUUAUAGUGUGUUAACCAAUCCACUGGCCUAUUUGUGUACUACCCAAUCUUAAUCUUAAUAGAAAAGCCUCCCAGCACUUCGAGGGAAAGGGUCAAUUGUGACUGGUUAUAUCAGUUUCAGUUCUGGUAUUAUUCUAACAUGUCCCAUUUCAAGGAAUAAAAUAUUGUCAUUUUAAAAGAA